AUGAAUAAUUGGGCAAAAGCUAUUACUAAUGAACAGGAAGUAUCUACAAAAGAUAUUUUACCGUUAACCGAGAGCCAUUCUCCAGAAAUAGAACAUAGCUCGACCCAAUCUGAGAGACAAAGUUUUGGCAUAAGUCAGAGCCUGAAAUAUCUAUAG